AGAAAAGGGGACGGGAGGGGGUGGUCCAUCGGCCCCCCAAUAUGGACACGUUGGCCGGCAGCAAUCCUUACCUGGAGAAACUCACUCUCGGAAUCAUCAAGAUCCUCGAAAGUUCCCCCGGAGUGACGGAGGUGACGUUUAUAGAAAAGGAGCCUGCUGAACGCCAUAUGAUCGCUUCAUGGGAACAGAAGAACGAGUGCGCACUCCCCGAGGACCUCAAGAAUUUCUACCUGAUGACAGAUGGCUUCCACAUGACGUGGAGUGUGAAGCUGGAUGAUAAUCCCGUGCGUCUGGGCUGCAUGAUGAUAAACGACCUGUCCCGGCUAACCAAGCUGAGCGAGUCGUCCAUGUACUCGCUGCCCAACGCGCCCACCCUCGCCGAUCUGGAAGACGACACCGACGAGGAAGCCAGCGACGACCAGCCGGACAAGCCACACUUCGACUCGCGCAGUCUGAUCUUCGAACUGGACUCCUGCCGAGGGAACGGGAAAGUGUGCCUCGUCUACCAGAGGACCGAAGCAGCUGCCGCCCCCAGGACCGCGAUCUGGUUCCUGGACAGAGCCUUGUAUUGGCACUUUCUCACCGACACCUUUACCGCCUAUUACCGCCUGCUGGUCACCCACCUGGGGCUGCCCCAGUGGCAGUACGCCUUCACCAGCUAUGGCAUCAGCCCUCAAGCCAAGCAAUGGUUUAACAUGUUCAAGCCCGUCACCUGUAACACGGCCCUGCUCACCGAAGAGGCCGACUCCUUUGUGAACAAGCUGGACCCCAACAAGGUGUUUAAGAGCAAGAACAAGACCCCAGUUCCCAAGAGGAAACCGAUCCUCCCGCCCUCCGGCCCCCAGAAAGGCCCACUGGGCCCCGUCGCGCCCAAGGCCUCAUCAGUCCCUGGGAACCCAGCCAGGAAAUGAGGGGUCCCAUCGCCUCAGCUUCCCGGUGAGACGGUGGCUCCCCCACCCCGAGACGCUUCCCGGACAUGAACAGGAUGGCAUGGCUCCCUUCUGCACAGCCUGGCACUGGAGGGGGGCAUUUGGGCCCCCUGCCCAGCCUCUGAGAGAAGGCAGGCCUUGCCCUUGGUCUGGGCCUGUCGAACAGAGGGGCCAUUGUGGGCACGGGGCGUGACGGGGAGGCCUUGGCCACGGCCCGCCUGGGUCCCUGUGAGGCCAGAGGAGAGGCGGGAGUCCCGUAGUCCCAAUGUGGAUCGGAACACACCGGGAUGUGCCACCGAGGAAGAGCUGGGGCCCAUUUCCCGACACUCUUGCUGUCCUGGUUACACGGGUCAGAUAUUCCAUCAUUCUCGGAAAUCGGAGGAAACAGCUUAAGUGCGCCGGACCCAGAGGACUACCUGUUCGGUAAUGCAUUGCCGCUCUGGGUUACGGCUGCAAGAGACCACUUAGAGCUUAUCAGAAAGUCCAGUGAUUGCUUGGCUUUUCCCCCAGAAUCGCCAAACUUCAAGUAGAAGAGAUGCCAGUAUUUUUGAAAAGCGCUUCUGUUGGUUCCUGGCCCCGCUCCCAUUUGUUUAGAUCCUUGUUCAGCGGGGUGGCACUAAUAAAAAAUCUUCUGCAGACUGAAAA